AUGAGCCACCAUCGCGCUCUGGACAACCACGACAUCAUCUCCCACGUAGUGGAGUAUCUCGGGCCUCCCGCGCAGCGCGAUUGUGCAGAUGUUGUCGAUGAAAGCCUGUCGAUUGCUCCUGGAAAGGCUUGGAGGACCCUCGCCUAUUGCGCUCGUACAUCGAAGGCAUUCUCUAGGCCAGCAUUGCGCGUCCUCUGGCGAGAACUCCCGUCGCUUCUGCCACUGCUCUCUCUCGCUGGUAUAUCCCUCAUUAAUGCAGAGACUCCUGAAAGUCUCCCUGAAGACGAUGAAAUAGAGAUGAUACGGACUACGAACGAGAUUCCGACUCCGCAAGGCAUGCAACGCUUCGCCAGCGUUUCUGUCCUCGUUCAGCGCAUUAGCCUCCCGGGGCUCACCGAUCCCUCACUCCUUUUUCACCUCUCCCGGGCUGCUCCGAGUGGGUCACUCCUCCCGAUGCUCAGUGAGAUCAGGUGCAUGACUACGCCAUUCCUGGACAUGACCAUUCUCUGCCUCGCGGGACAUAACCUUCGUGAGCUCGUUGUUCUUGAGGACAGUGGAGCAUCCUGGGAUCGUCCCCCGAACUCGCCUGAGGGUUGUGCUGUCAGACGGCUCCUUGCAGCUCUACCCUCCACGGCCCCCGGACUGCACACUCUUUGCAUAUACGACAAGGGCACACACGAACUGCCAUACAUAGCAUAUAUCGGUCGUUUGCGCGAGCUGCGUUCGCUACGCCUUAGGUUCUGGCCGGACGAGCUCGUCGACUGGCUUGGACCCUUCAUGUCCACAUUAGCCAAGUUCGAGCACCUGCGCGAUCUCGCUCUGCCGCUGGAGGACUGGGUGAUGGACGAACUGCCUAUCCCGCAAGGGUUCGCGCAGCUGCGGAGUCUGAGAUUCGAGGGGAACGAGCACUCCGACUUGACGUGCUUAUACCAUCUAGGCAAGAUUCUACCUCGCCUGCCACGACUGGAGCGUCUUGAGAUUGCUAGCACCUACGUCAACAGCUUCACGGAGGACAACAGCUAUCUGGACGGGAUCGUCGGUAAAUGCGUCGACACAUUGACCACAGUCAAAAUGGACAUACGCCCGGGAGGAAUAGAUCUCGAUCUCCCCAGCCCUGUGCCAGCAUUCAACCUGCUCCGUACCUUCAUACCUCUGCACCAUCUCCAGUUUUGUUAUAUCUCGUACUCCGAAAAUAUGUCCUUCACAGACGUCGACCUACGCAAAUUCCAAGGAGCCUGGCCGCUCCUGCAAACAUUUGCGCUGUCCUGGAAGCGGCCCUACCUCCCGCACACAGCCCCUUCCUUCCACGGCAUUGUCGAGUUCCUCCGGGAGCGUCCCCAGCUUGCGGUGCUCAAACUUCCGGUCGUGGACAUCAACGGGAAUUGCGUGCGCUGCAAGGACAUCAAGGCCUUACCUCCGAGCUUCGUUGUGGAGGACGGAUGCAUUCCGGACCCAAUCGCGUGCGCUCGGGUUCUGCGUACCCUACUGCCGCAGAUCCGGAUUAAACGGAAUGUCGUGAAGAGCGCAUGUGGCGAGUGGGCUACGGUCUUGUCGAGACUUAGGGAUACCAACAAGUAUGUUUGA